UGUUGCUGUGCUUGUGAAAGUAUAAAAAUUUAAUUCGAUUAAGUUUUAGCGAUUUCUACGAGCAAAAAGUGAAAAGUGCCUGCAUUUAGUGUGAGUACAAUAACAACUACAGUGUUUUUGCUUACAAAAUCGUAGGCCGCGUCAAGUGUUUUAUUUUCCAAGCCACCGAAACAGGUUUCGCGACAUGUGUUUGUGUGUUCAAAAAAUAAAAAUAAAAGAAAUCAAUUAAAACGAAAUGAAACCAAACUACUAAAUGUUUAUUAAAGAAGCAAAGAAGCAAUAUAAUUUUAAAAGUGCGCCACAUAUGCCGGCCAUAUGUUGAAAAGUUUCGAUUUUUUUCGAAGUGCUUGCAGCUUUUAGAAUUAUAAAAUCUGUCGCCGAAAAGCCAACAGCUGUGGCGCCUGUGACUGCCGUCUGUUUUCACCAUAAAAGAAAUAUUGCUGCUUUUUGCAAUACACCGAUUAAAAAAAAUUCAAUUGUUGUGCAGUGAAUUAUUGCAAGAGAUGAUUUACUAAAGAGAGCGUCAUCGCACCAUUUGGACGCCGGACAGAAUUAGUGGACGGACACUGACGGUACGAACAAUUUGACGAACCUUUGUGACAAGCUACAGCCCAAAGCCUUCUGAGCCUAACUCCGCUUAUAAACUGAUGACGAACUCCUCUUAAUGUUGCUUUACGUGCGAGUGUGAAUUUUAGACGCAGCGUGGCAGGCAAGUGGCUUACAUUUUGCGCACGUUAACGCCUUUGACACACCCCCUUACACUGGCGGAUAGCAGCCACGCAUUCGCGUUCCACGCGUACCGGCCACGUCACAAACUGAAAAACGCGGGAUGUCGGAAAAAUGGCGUGCACUAAACUCAACUAGCGGAAAUGUACAUGGACAGACACAUAAAACUGUAAAAACAACAGCGGCAGCAAAGACAAGCAGUAAAUCUAAAUUGCAGAAUAUGGCAAGCAAUCACAAUAACUCCGGCAGCAGCAGCCACACAGUACCACAUAUUGGCGCACCUACUUUGAUAUCGACUACACUGCAACAAUUACCACCGCCCGCACCGACACCGACACCGACACCAACGACACCCACACCACAGUCCAUGGCUGGCGGAGAUGGGAAUACCAGCAGUAACUCUCAUUCACCGAACACUGCAAUGCUAGCGUCUGGCGCUGCCGGCAGUGACACCGAGUCCAACUCGACGGACUACAAUGCCGGCGCUAUUGGUGGCGCUGGUGCGGGUGGCGCUCUGGGCGCUGGUGUGCAAUUAAACUUUCAUUUAUUGGAUGCCGGCACCGCUGGCGAUGGUAAUUCAAUAAUGAACUCAUCACAAAUAUCUGGCAACUCCAAUGAGUCGAUGCAGUUGUCGAGCAGUCCAGCCGCUGUUGGUGGUGGCGGUGGUCCUGUGGCAAGCAUUGUUGGCAAAUCGGGCGGUGGCAAGCAUUUGACCGCACACAGUGUGGCAGGGAAAUCCUGUCGCUUUCCGAAACUCGAAGAAUGCGCACACUUCCACUAUGAACGCGUGCAGUUGGGCGCAUUUUCGGUGCGUCUAAUGGACGAUAAAUCCGAAUUGCUGAACAGCAGCAUAGCAUCACAAUCGAUUGGCGGCGAUAUUGCCGGCAGUCAACUGGGACAGGCGCUCAGCAACAGCGGUACCGGUCCCUCAUCCUACCGUUCCUUCUCGCCAGCGAAUUGUUGGUUCAUCAUAAAAGUUUUCCCGCACAGCUGUGAUCCGUUUCUAGUGAAACGUUCCUUUGACAAUAUGCAGAUGUUGGACGAGAUGUUGCAUCGCUGCGUGUAUGAUCGCAAAAUAAGCGGUCUGAAGAAUUUGGAAGAGUUGGAUUUCAAGAGUGAGGAAGAUGUCGAAUAUGCGGUCGCAAAGUAUUUGGAGCGUUUCUCAAAGAUCGCCUCCGAUUCGUUAACAUGCGGCACUAUACUCACUUGGUUGCAAUUGGACAAUAAGGGACGUCGUUUACCGCUAGCCGAUGGUGAUACAAUGCGUACGAUAAAUACACCCGCAGUGGGAGCCGCUUAUGGUGUGCGUCGCUAUCAGGCGCAAGCAUCCGAUGAAAUCUCUAUUGAAGUGGGUGAUAUGAUCUCCGUUAUUGAUAUGCCUAGUCCGGCUGAAUCGAUUUGGUGGCGUGGCAAGAAAUCACAUUUACAAAAAUCACAAUACGAAGUUGGUUUCUUUCCGCAAUCGUGCGUGGCUACAAUCGGUGAUAAGGUGCCGCGUCAUUUUCCCAUGCCAGCGCCAUUAGUCGGGCAAUUGGAUGUCUCGCCAACGAAACCGGUUUUGCGUAAACAUGGCAAACUCAUUGCAUUCUUUCGUUCGUUCAUCUUAUCGCGGCCAUCACGUCGUCGCCUCAAGCAGAGCGGCAUCUAUCGGGAACGCGUCUUCUCGUGUGAUCUAUCAGAGCAUUUACUCAACAGCGGGCAGGAGAUACCAAUGGUAUUGAAAUGUUGCGCGGAAUUCAUUGAAGAAUAUGGUAUAGUCGAUGGUAUCUAUCGGCUUUCGGGUAUUACGUCGAAUAUACAAAAGUUGCGACGCGCUUUCGACGAAGAGCGUAUACCAGAUUUGGGUAAUCCGGAGAUGAAACAAGACAUACACGCGGUUAGUUCGUUGCUGAAAAUGUACUUCCGAGAAUUACCGAAUCCUUUGUGCACAUACCAGUUGUAUGACAACUUUGUUGAGGCCAUACAAGAGAAGAGCGAGUCGAACGAACGACUUCGGCUGAUGAAGGAGACUGUACUGAAGUUGCCGCCACCGCAUUAUCGCACAUUGAAAUACUUAGCGGAGCAUCUAAAUCGCAUCUCACAACACUCUGCACGCACCAGCAUGAAUGACAAGAAUCUGGCUAUAGUUUGGGCUCCCAAUCUACUGCGCUCACCAGCGCUCGAGUCCGGUGGUGUGGCAGCGCUACGCGGCGUUGGCGUACAAGCUGUCGUCACUGAGUACCUGAUACGUAAUUGUCACAAUAUUUUCGACGCCUUCGAUGAUAUGAAUGUGCGUCUUAGCUACAUUGCCACAGCUGGCGCGGCACAAGCCAACGAGACGCGUCUCGAUUCGUUAACGGAUUGUGAGAGCUUGUUAGUGGAACAGCGCGAACACGAUCAAUCGCUUACCUAUAUGGAGCGUCCGAAAAGUCUUAGCACUGGCGGUCCUAAGUUGAUUAGUUUAGAGGAGGCACAGGAGCGUCACUCACGUAUUGAUGGGCUCGAUAUGAAGACUACGAUGCCUAUAAAUAUGGUAUCCAGCAAUGCUGCAAAUAUUGGCUCAUACAUUGAGGUCGGCGGUGGACCAUCUAGUCUACCUGAUAAAUAUCAUACAGUGCUGUCGGUGCCACGCAGCUGGCAGAAGCGGAAAACACAUUCAUGGAAAUCGCUCUUUACACGUAAUCAACGACCAAUCAGCAACGGCGCACACGAUUUGAAGACUGGUGCCGCGUCAACUGCAGUUGCUAGUAAUGUUGUGCCGCCAGCGCGUCAGAAGGACGGCAGUCACACGCAAGUCACAUUUGCAGAAGCCGACUUGAUAAUCACAAAUGCCGGUAAAGUGGGUAAGGCGCUGCACAAGCAAGAAAAACCGAAAUCGAUUGAACUAUUCGAGACGAGCAGUCGACGUGACGACGUGGUCGGCAAGCCGAUGGAAGUUUGUGUACGUUCCAACUCCAUCGACAGUCUGCGCACUGCUGGACACUCACGUUCGGUUUCGCAUGAUUCCUACUUUGAUUUGCUGCAGUCACCACAACGUGGACAUGUGACAACUUGUCCGUCACGCGAGCUCUCCGAAUUGGGUUUGAAUUUCGAUCGUGAAGAGCCUGAGAUGCGCAUCUUCUCCGAAAGUGAGUCGUUAGUGAGCUCACCACGUGUCGGCAAGGAAAAUAUACCACCAUCUUCUGGCGCAGCUUCACGCCGCAUAUUGCGCGCGCGUCCCGAGGAGUUUUCCAGUCAGACAAACAGCGUUAAUCCGAGUCCCAAAAAGCAGCCACGUCUCAAUUUGCAUCUUUCACCAAGCGCAGCUUCCGCUUUGGCGAAUAAUUGGGCACAACAGGGCGGCCACGGCGGCGCAGCAGUUAUGCCGAGCGGUACAUUGUUAGACGCAGCUGGCAACGAGUCGGUCUGCCAUGAGCAUCACGCACAUCUCUCUAGUGACGAAAGCUGCUGCAAACGUUACAAGCUCGAGGAUCAAUUGUCCGAUAUACAGUUCAUUGAUUGCAGCACACCUGAGCACACCAUAGCCAAUCCACAGACGCUUUAUGCUAGCGUGCAAGUACAUGCGCCACCCAAGUCAGCGCUCUCCAAAAACUCGCUGUACGGCUCGACAGAGAGUACAAACAAAUCGCAAGAUGCCGUCAGUGCUAAGGCGAUACAAUUUGAAAAAAAGUACAGCAUUGCUGCCAAAGGUGGUGGUGAGAAGAAGACAAGCGCUGGCGCGGCAGCAGCAGCCGCAGCAGGUGGCAGCAUUAUCAGCACACGCUACAGUUACCCCACAGUGCAGUUGGGCGCCAAGCGCAAAGAUCAGGAUUCAUUCAAAGAACGUUUCAGUUAUCCCGGCUCCGGGGUGAGCAAUGAACGUCGCUUCUCUGCAAAAGAUGCCGCAUCCCGCAUGCAAUUCGAGGAUGAGCUUUGCGCCAAACGUGAGCUGGAGAGCAUAACACAAGUACCUUAUGGCAGAAACACAAACUACAACAAUCAUACACAUGCGCCCAAGAAUCUGCCCGAUUUGAUGCGUCCGAAGAAUCGCAACAGCUACUGCAAUGCCAAUGAGGCACUGAAUACGUUACUAUUACGCAAUAGUACCAAUGAAAUAACCAAAGAUGCCAAAUCCGAAAUGGAACGUUCGAAAAUUUCCGUUACACCUUCCUCACCAAUGCAGAGUCCACGCUACUCGUUGUUGGUGGGUGAGACCAGCUCCGAGAAUAGUUCGGCUGUCAAUACACCACAAUAUGAUUUGGAACCGCUAAUGGCUACCUCUGCAAUGUCGGGCUUAUCACAACUCUCGGGCGCAUCCUCACACCAACAGCAGCAACCAUUAUUGUUGGGCGUCGACACUGGCAGUUGUUUGGGCACAUCACACGAAAGUCUCGGCAGCAAUUUCACAUCACACUCGAACAUCACGAACGCAUCGCAUCCCGAACGUCGCGAUAUGCACGCACUUAAACGCGAGCUCUCACUCGAUCUACAACCACUGACCACCAAGAUGACCAUCGACGGUGUGGAUGGUGUUGGCAAUGGUGGUGCUGGACAUGCGUCCACAUUGCCCUACAAUCGACAACGAGAAUUAGCACAACAACUCAUUCCAUCGCCGAAUAAUUCGAAUUUUACAGACAAUACUAGUCAAUCGGUGACGCCCAGUGAAUUCGGCUAUCAGAAUUUGCAACGUCAGUCGAGCAUGCAUUCGUUGAUUGAAACCGAAGCGGAGUCGCCAGCGUAUGAAGAAUACGAGAAUACGCCGAGCAAUAUGGCCUCACCGUUGUUGGGUGCACAGAAGCCGCCACCGUUAGGCGGUCCCACAAGCCCGAUACGUGCUACAAUUAGCAUUACGUAUAAUAUGCGUAGUCCACGCGAAGAAUUGCCAACUAAAGGUUACGCUGUGAUGCGCGACAAGACGAAGGCUGCUGCCAAGGGACCGCUGCUAGAGACGAGCUUCGAUGAGAAUACCGUUUAUGAGCAGGUGCGAUUCUUUAGAAAUUCUGUGACCGAGGUAAAUCAGCUAUUAAACGACGAACGUAAGAGUGCUGUGACGCUCGAAUGUCUGAAAGAGACCAAUGAGAAUGAUAUGCAGGACUUUAGUGCUUACGAAAAUGUACCGCUCCUAAAUGAAAAGACAACUAGCAAGGCAUGUCGGCCAGAUGUGCCGAUGUGUGGCGAGAAAAAUCUGUUAGACAGUUUGGAAGACGACGCCGAGCAAGAAGAUGAGGGUUUGCUCUAUGAAAAUGUGGAAUUGCGCAAACCGAAAAGUGUUUAUGAAAAUUUAUUAGGUGAACAAUUGAAAGGUGAAGUAAGAGAAGCUGAUCCAUCAGACAAAUUAGAAUUGGACAGUUUGGAUAGCAUCAAAACCGACACAGAUAUUGUGAAAGCAGAAUGUGUAGAGCUUGCUAAUGUUAACGCGCAAGAGCUAGAACUUGAACCGCCGCUUAGCGCCGGUAUUGUCGAAAACUCAGCGCGCAAGUCGCCUUCAAACUUUAGCGUUAAAGAGCUGGCUACAAAGUUCGAGAGUUCGCCUGUCGAGCAACUACCUGCCUUCGACUUCAGCUUCCGCAGUUCGAUUAAAAAGCACACAGGUGUUGUGAAUGCCGAACUGAAAACCUCGCAAACGAGUCUCAGCUCGAAUACCGAACAGACGGUAACAACAAAGGAGACUGUAAACCCCAAACAGAAACUGACGAAAUCACAACAAAUAACGCGUUCGCUGGAUGAGAACGCAUUCGUGCGCGAAUUCGGUUCGAAACAUUUGCAAGAGUUGAACACGCGCAGCACUCAACAGCUGCCCGAACUGGCAGAGGUAACGAAUCGACGCAAAAGUUUCGACUUUACGCGUCCGAAAACGUUAAACCCGCCAAAGCGGCUGCCCGGCAUACCAAUUACCGAAGAGAUUUGUUUGUCGAAGAAUGAAAAGGCAGCGUCGCCGGCUGCAUUCAAGCACGAGAAGAGUUACAACCAUGCGGUGGUGGAUGCCGCAUUAGAAAACGAUUACGAAACAGCCGAACUAAAGAUCACGCCAACCACAGAGAAUCGCAUAUCGCUUAUACAGAACAACGUUAACUCGACAGCGCAGCAAGCAGCGGCUACGGGUAACUCAACCGCCGCCGCUAUAAAUGCCAGCGCCAGCGAUCUGAGCAACUCGAAUUUGAAUUUGUCGACUAGCAGCUUAAAAGUGUUGUCUGGCGUGAAGCUGGACCGCGAACGUAUUGAUAAAAUCAAAGAGGAACGUCGUCAGCAAUUGACGCAAAAGUAUCGCGGCGAUACGACGAACUUCAAGUCGCGUUCGAAAACCGAUCUGCACACGCCAUCACAUAAGGACGACGACAAAUUUAAUGGCGCCGAAUCGUUGCGUGUCAAAUCGAAAUCACGCGGUGAUAUGCGCGCUCUACAGCAGGAGAACGAAAAUGUUAAAGAGCUACUGGGUCGCGCACGUUUGCUGGCGGGCUCGGAAAGCACUUUGCAUGCUCCACGCGUGCGCAGCAUUUCCGAUGAGAAAAAUCAAAAUUGUGAUGGGAAUACAAUAACAACGGCGACGGUUGUGGCUAGCAAAAAUUCCAAUACGAAUGCGAAUGCUACCAACAACAGCACUACAAACGACAUCACAGCCAACACAACUUCGUCUUUGGGUAAUGUAAACUACGCUAAGAAAACUAGCGCAGCACAGGAAGAGUUCUCGGCACGCGCAACAGUACAGAAAUUCGAGCGGAAAAGUUUUGAGUAUGCCAACGGCAUAGCGGCCCCGAUAGCGUCAACGGCAGCAGCUCGAGAACGCAAUAGCCGCAGUGAGGGGACAAGUGGCGGUACGAAUAAUAGCUCCAGCGGUAUUGGCAGUCACGCAGCCUUGUCGACCAGUCGGCAAAGUCUAACGUCAACCCGUGAGAAAAUCUCACCACAAUUCUCCAUACGUGAUAUGACGGCGAUGUUCGAGUCACGCUCUCAGAACUCUUAAAACGAGUAAACGCAUGCAAAAUAUGUGGAAACUCAAACAAUUUUGUAUUUAUAGAACACAUAACUGUACAACAGCAUAUUAAAAAGAAGUGGGCAGACAGAUUUCCCCCAAUAUCACAAGCAUACACACACACACACAUACACACAUGCAGUAAAGUAUGGAAGAAGAAAGCAUUUAUGCAACAAAUAUAACUAAAAUUCAAAAUAAUUUAUAUAUACAUAUAAACAAAACUUAAUAAAUAAACGUAUAUAUGUAUAG